GAUCUGUCAUGGCGCCGCCCUUAAACAGGCAUUGUACGAUCGAAUAUCGAUGUUUUGUGCUGAACUAACCGAUGCGUCUCCGUGUCGCUAUGUCGAAAUGCUUUGAUUUUCAACCGAGCCAUUGGACUGGAACAUGCAAGCAACUUGUCGAGGGCUGGACAUCUACUGAUAAUUUCCACUAAAUUGUGCAUGUAGCAAGGAUGAAGGGAUGAAGUAUGAUGAUAAAUAUCUUCAUUAAACAUUUAUACUGGCUUAAUUUUCCAAGAUGUCCUCCUUAGCCAAUGGUUGUUACUGUGGACUUGAUGUGGCCGAGGCCAGCAUGAUGCUCUGUGACAGAUGCAAGAAAUUCUUCCAUCUUGGUUGUCUGAAGUCAGGAAGGCCGUCUCCUCUGGAGGGGGACAUCCUCUACCAGUUUGUUUGUGAGCAAUGCUCAGAGAGUGGUGAAGAGGAGUUUGAGAGGCUCAAAUUGCAAUGGCUUCAAGUUGUUAUGCUGAGCUUGUACAACCUUCAGCUAUCAGGCAUGGGAAAAUAUGGCUACUUCCGUUGGAAAGAACACAUCUGCGCCUUCAUUGACAAACACUGGACAACCUUCUUCGGCUUCUCGAGAAAGAAGACGUCGUUGUGGUAUGGUACAGUGGCAGGGACCCUGUCGUCAGGGUGCCCCGCAUACUUCCUGUCUGGGGCACAGGAGCUCAAUGAACCAGGAUGGUGGAGACUCGCUGAGAUGAAGCCACCUGCCCUUAAAUUAGAUCCGCCAAGCCGUCUGACGAGAAGAUACAAAAUAGAGAUGAAGGAACAGCCUGUUAAAGUGGAAAGUUUACGAAGUCGACGGGGAAAAACCUCCAUUGAAGCGGCUAUGGAGUUGAAAGCAAAGAGGUCAACGUUAACUGAAGCAAAAGAUUUGAGAAAAUCUCGCAUAAGCCGGAACAAUCGCACAUCAGAGUCUAGUGUUGGAAGUGAAGAAAGGGGUGUGUCCGUUGACAGCCCGUCAUCAACUCCUGGGAUCAAAGGUCAAACUGAGAUAGACACAGAGAGGAAUUUUAGUGAAGUGCCAGCUACAGGGAAUCUUGGUCAGCAAGUUACCAUCAAGACAGAAGUCUUAGAGUCGAUGGAGAUGGACUCACCCUGUCAACUCACCAGCCCUACUCCCAGCUCGCACCACAUUGCAGGGAAAGCUGAGCUUGAGGAAGACACAAGCAGUCAGUUUUCUCACUCUAGUAGCAAGACGGAUGCCUACCUGACAGAGAGAGAUUUGUGGGCUGUGGGGACAGUGCCUCAGUUUCUGCUGAAAGAUGAUGAAGAAGAGGAGAGUGACAGUGACCUGGAGAUUGACCCUGGUACAUUUUCCCCUCCUCGGGACUCUCCAAUUCCGAUGUCACAUUCUCCAUCUCUGCAUGAUAUCCUUUCAUCUAUUGAUGAUUCGUCAAGCCUCACUCUGAAGACAGAUGCAUCGGAUGUGACCAAGUAUCUAGAUCAGGCCCAAGUGAAGGAGGAGGAUGCAGAAUCUGUAGUGAGCUCCAGCAGCGAGGACAGUAGAGGGGUAGGGUGUGAUGCCAGCGGGGAAAGCCGAUGUAUGGGGGAUGAUAUCAGCAGAGAGAGUAGAGCAGCAGACACGGACACUUCAGCCGGGAAACUUUCAACAACUACGGGAAUGAAGGAGGGCAACCAGCCUGAGAAAAUUCCCGAAAUCAGGUACAUAGCCAUGAGUCAUUAUGAGGAGAAACACCUGCUACAACGUCUCCAGCAGGCCUCUGAUAUCUGUAUACUAGAACCACACCUGGCCAGACUGAAGAGGAAGCUGAUUGUUAGACAGUUACAGCGUGAACACGGCCAGCCAGUAUUUAAUCUUGAUGCCGAGGUCAGGAAAUACCUAGGUCAACCCGGUCCACAGGACGGCAACAUCCGGACAAGUCAUCCACUAAACCCAGACGGUUUGCCCAUGUCCCGAUCCUCUCUCUCAGAUCGCAGAGUCCUGGACAGGUUCCAGGUUCCUCACUCAGAGCGAAGGAUCAUAACUUCUGGGCCAUCCUCAUUCCGCACCCGAUUGGUUGGCAGGGAAGACAAUCAGCUUCAGCCAAUCACCAGUCCUUACACCACUCGGACUUUGAAACCUUUUAUCAGACGAGAUUAUGAAACAAAACCUCUAAAACUGAGACUCUUAGAAGAGAUUAAGACUUACCCACACAGGGGCGACAAGGCAUGGAUAAGGCCGCCCUCCUUCCCGAUAGACUACUGUUAUGUACGUCCUCAGCACAUCCCUUCAGUGAAUCACCUCUGUGCUCAGUUCUUCUGGCCAGGAAUUGACUUGUCCGAGUGUUUACAGUAUCCAGACUUCAGCUGUGUAGUUCUCUACAGGAAAUUGGUGAUUGGGUUUGCCUUCAUGGUACCUGACACGAAAUACGACGAAGCCUAUAUCUCGUUUAUCUUUACGCAUCCAGAAUGGAGAGAGGCAGGCAUUGCUACUUUUAUGUUAUACCAUCUCAUCCAGACAUGCAUGGGGAAGGAUGUAACGCUGCAUGUGUCUGCCACAAACCCAGCUAUGCUCCUCUAUCAGAAGUUUGGGUUUAAACCUGAAGAGUUUAUUCUGGAUUUCUAUGACAAAUAUUACCCUGUGGACUCGGCUGUUUGUAAACAUGCCUUCAUGCUACGCUUGAGGAGAUAGCACUAGUGGGUCAUAUGUUAUCCCAUGGCAGUGAACAUGUGCUCUUAUUACCAGUACAUCUGUGAACGAAGCAGUCUG